AAACGAGUUAAAUUUUAAAUUAAAUACUGCGUUGAAUCUGAAUUUUGUAAAAAAGUAAAGGUGCAGUAUAUACACAGUCUCCCUCUCCCCUGCGUCCCACCUCUAAUACAAACUUUAUUUUUACAUUGUAAACACUGCCCUAGUACACAAUGGUUCCCAACCCCGCGCACAUUAUCUCCUGCCUACAGCCUUGUCUACACAACGAAAUUUAACUCGAGUUAGCGAUUAUGUAGCGUCUACAUAGCUAUUAUCUAGCGAUUAUGUAGCCCCGUAUAAACACUUAACUCGAGUUAAAUUUCGUCGUGUAAACGAGGCUUAUAUGUACACCGUAACAUCGAUACCACUGUCAAUCCAUCCAAUCCUACUAAUGUUUCCUUCUUUUUUAGCGUGUUCUAUUUCCAUCAACGACCUCUCCUCAUGCCUCGGUGCCGCAAACUAGCUAAAUGGCAAGAUGCCGAUAUGAGUUCGGCCGUGCUUGCUGUCAAGCAGAAAAGAAUGUCGACGAGAGAAGCAGCAAAAUUUUAUAACGUACCGAAAUCGACUCUUGGUGACAGUCACAGGGAAAAUUAAGGGAAAAUCUAAAAUGGGUUGUACGCCAACUAUCCCCCUCAAAAUAGAAAUUGACGUAGUCCCUAAUGCGAAAAAAUGUGCUGCCUCCGGAUUUGGAUAUUCGCGAAAAACGUUUUUGGACAAGGCAACACAACUGUGUACUAGGAUGGAAAUUCCAAUCAAGAGUAAAUCAGGAAGCCUGGGGAAAGACUGGUGGAAAGGCUUCAAAUCACGUCAUCAGGACAUCUCUCUCAGAAAACCCGAAAAGCUGACAACAGUGAGAGCAAGAAUGCUAAACUGCACGAUAACAUCGAAACACUUUACAGACCUCGGAGAAAUUUUAGAAAAGCUAGACAUAAACCCCCCCCCCCUCACAACAAAUGUACAACUGCGACGAGACUGGCAUCAACUUUGAGCACCAACCAUCCAAAAUAAUAGCAGCAAUGGGGGCAAAAGUAGUACAGAGCAGGGUUAGUAACAGCAAGCAGAAUGUAACGGUUAUGGCUGCAAUCAACGCAGCUGGUGAAGCGAUUCCGCCAGCUGUUGUUGUUAAGAGAAAAACAAGCAAGGCACUGCAGGGCUACGACACGGCGUCCGGGCCGCCAGGGACGCUGUGGUCGUACCAAAAAAAAGCAUGGAUGGAGGACGUGCUCGGCAAGGACUGGCUGCAGUCGGUCUUCCUCCCCAACGCCAGGAAGGAGCGGCCUCUCCUGCUAGUCGUGGAUGGCCACAGCAGUCACGUCACUCUGGACUUUAUCCAGCUAGCCAGAGAAAAUGGAUGUCCACCUGCUAGCCUUGCCUGCGCACACUACUCACUUCCUGCAGCCUCUCGACAGAUCAUUCUUUGGCCCCCUAAAACAAAACUAUAAUGCAGUAUGCACAAAAUUUAUCAGGGAAAAUCCGGACAAGAUGAUCAGCAAGUGGGUUUGGCCCUCCCUUUUUAGAGGCAGUUGGCUACAAAAUAUAGCGCCACUCGCUAUAGCAAACGGGUUCCGCGCAACAGGAUUAUAUCCAUUCAGUCCAAGCGCGAUCCCCGAAGCAGCAUUCAUGCCGUACGACCUGCCAGCACCAUUCCACGAUCCAACAGCACCCUUUCAGAGGAGGUAGGCAUUGGAGGCACCCCUACAGAGGAAAGACAAGCAGCUGCAGCUACAAUAAUAUCCGCAGAGCUGGCUGCUCCUCAAGUGCUCGAAAACACCUUGAGCAAAGAGCAAGUAGACACGUUCAACAACAGGCUUGAAAAUGAGUACGACAUGCCAGAAACAUACGACCAACUAUAUUCGUGUUGGAGGAGCUUAAAAGAAGCUGCUGCUGCUGCUGCUACACCAUCGCCGCAGCUUGUCGACGUUGUGGAAGCUGUCGGUCCCAUUCCAUCUUGGGACGACAGUGUCGAAUCAAUAUUCGCACAACCAUCGACAAGCACAACCCUAGAUAAUAACCCUAGAAAAAUGAAAAGGCAAAUUACAUCCCACCGAUUGAUUCUUAACUGGUAACGAAUACAUAGCGAAAAAAAUUGCGUCAGAGGAGGAGAAAACCCAAAUUAUAGAAGCGAAGGAAACAAGAAAACGCGAGAGAGAAAUAAAAAAGGCAAAACAAGCAGAUGAUAAAGCAAAGAAGACGUUGGAAAAAGCAAAAAAGGUAAUGCUGUAAAAUCAACAGUAGAUGACGAGUGCGUUGUGUGCUUGACCUCGUGGCAUGAUGAUGAGGGUGGAAUGGAGUGGGUGCAGUGUGAGAGGUGUGAAAAAUGGCUCCACACUGGUUGCAUACCCUUUGUCGUCAUUUUUGAUGCAGACUCCAGCUUCAUUUGCCACCUUUGUCUCUGAAAUGUUUGAUUGAUUGAUGAUGCAUUGAUGAUUUGAUUGAUUGAUGAUUUGAUUGACUGAUGAUGCAUUGAUGAUUUGAUUGCUUGAUGAUGAAUUGAUUGAUUGUUUACCGUGAAUUUGCAAAAUGAAGUUGAGUUGCGUCUUGUCUGCAGCCACAUUUAAAGUUGUGUAACUGAAAGAGAAACAACAACAAAAUAAUAAUUAAUAAUACUAAUGACAUAUUAAGAAAACUGUAAUUAAUUUAUAAAGUGUAAAUGAUUAAUUGUAGGCCCUAUUAUUCGUGGUGGCGAAUUGUAGGCCUAGUACAUAUGUGUACACAGGUCGUACAUACACAUACACACGUGAUGAAUUGAUGAUUGAUUAUUUGAUUUCUGAUUGAUGAUGAAUUAAUUGAUGGUUUGAUUGAUUGAUGAUGAAUUAAUUGAUGAUUUGAUUGCUUGAUGAUUGUUUACCCUGAAUUUGCAAAAUGAAGUUGAGUUGCGUCUUGUCUGCAGCCCCGUUUAAAGUUGUGUAACUGAAAGAGAAAUGACAAAAAA